AUGGCCUUCAAAACACGCAGACCAAAUAAGGAAUACUUUGAAUAUUAUGACGCUCUGACGUUUGAUGAGUGGUGUGAAAAUAUUUCCAUGAUCCGCAAGGAGGCUGCUGAGUACAAGAAGCUCUGUCACACAAUGUUGAAAAUGCAUGAAGAGAUUUUGGUGCCCCUGAAGAAGAAAAGAGACCAGGCUGGUAUUUUACUGACGAAAAUGAAGCUCCUUGUGAAAGAAUUUGAGAAGAAGAAAGAAGCGCUGGUAAAAAAGGGAGGUACUGAACGUGUUUGGGCGAUGGCACUCGGCUUCAUCCCGGUCAUUGGUGCGGUUGCCAGUCCCAUUUUAAGCGCCUGUGGUAAUAAAGAUUUGGCAGAAGCCACCGCUGCUGGAGAGCAAGCCAAGAUCGAAGAAGCAGCCGCCUUGGCAGUGAAGGAAGCUCUCAUCCCCGCUUUUGAAGCCUUCAUUGGUGGAAUAUCUAAAGCAGCCGGCUUCUUCUCCGCUAUGGAACAUGAAUUGCAAAAGUUUGAAAACAACGCCAAGAGGAGCGAGGACGACCCACAGUUUAUCUUCUUCAAGAUAAUGAAGGCGGAAGCCACGGAUAUUAAAUCUGUCUGCCAAGUGUUCUAUGCAGCCUUACCAGAUGUCAAGACCGACUUCGAAGCCAUGCCAACAGAGGGCACAGACCGCAACUACGUGGACGAGUGGUUGGGAAAACAGAAAAAGAUGAUCGAAGAAGAAUGUAAAGGUAAGCUUGCCAAAAAUAUGCUGUCAGCCAUUGCAGAUGCAGUCGAAAAAAAAAUGAGAUGA